CGCGCGCCACGGCCGUCAGGUGGCGGUAGCCGGGAAACUGUGGGACGGCGCAUAGACACCCUGCAACGGGACUGUCCUUUCCACGAGGAUUGUUUUCCGCGUUUAUUCGCAAUCAUCACGGACCUACGGCAGGAUUUUCGCUUCCCAAGGAGCCCAAUGUGGGUGGAAGUGAGAUGGCAUCCAGGGAAAAGAAACCCUUAGCGCCUUCCAAAUCGAAACAGAAGGCGAGUAACGAGUCCGUCUUACCAUCCAAUGAGGUCAAGAGCAAAAAAGGCAAGUCAUUGCCGAAUGUAAAGCAGCAGCAGCAGCAGCAGCAGCAGCAACUUGCGCAAGAGAUUUUUGAUACAGUAGCGACAGGUAGUCAACUUCCUGUAAAACUAGAGGCGAUCUUACCGCGUAGGAAUGCCCUUAAAAAUCUGAAACGCAAACAGAACCUGAGAGCAGCCAAGGCAAAACUCAUCAAGUCCAAGGUUACCAAGAAAGUGACCAACAGGAUAGCUCCUGACGUUAAGAAGGCUACCAAGGGUGCGAAGAAAAUUAGACAGUCGGAAGAAACGACCGUCAAGACAGCUGAUAUUGUUCCGAAAUUUUCAGAAAAUCAGACAAACAACGGGGACAACGAAGGUAAAGGAACCGAAACACCAAGUAAAAGUGCCAAGAGUAAUCUCAGGACAAAAAAAAGUAAAUCUGACGUUCAAAUUAAAGAAGAGGUCAGUGCUACGUCUAGUACUAAAGUCAGUCCGAAACUUGGCAGAAAAGGUAAAACGACGGAAAAUAGUCCUGAUUCUUUGUCUAAGAGUGCCAAAACAGUAAGAUUAACAAACUUGAAGAAGAAUAGUACCAGUCUUGUAAAAAUUACAGAGGUUGAUAAUAGGAGUGGGAAAAACCGGAAGAGCACGGGCAAGGAAUUAGAUUGCGGUAGUAGUGCAAGAAGCAAUACUAGCAUUGAAAAAUUUUCAAAGGCGAUUUUAGAUAACAAGAAUUCUAUUGAUCUUACUAUAGACGAAGUCAUUGCUUCAAUGUUGACCGAUUCCGAAGUUGAAGGCCAACAAAGCGUUACGGAGAAGACUGAAGGAAAGGUGACGAGGAGUAAGAAAAUGUUGAUAGAUGAAAGUAUCGCCUGCGAUAUCGAGAUAAAGAAAGAACCUGAUGUCGACGAUAUCAAAGUUACAUCGGACGGGGAGUCUAUAGAGACGGAUCAAGGAUUCCAGAAUGCCAUCCAGUUGAGAAAAAGAUCAAAAGUCGGUUACAUCGAGCAAACGUCUCAAAGAAGUUUGCGAAAUGGAAAGCAGCGUCAACUGACUGAUUUGGGAAAUUCCGCAGAUAACGCAGAUCCUAAAAAACGGCACAGGCUAAAUUCUGAUGGAACUGCAGAUAAUUUGAUAGAACAUAUCUCGGAUUGUAAUGUAAAUAUGGACUCUUGCUUUUCAGACCCUGAUGAAUCUCAAAAUAUUGUAGCAUCGAGUAAAGAGGAGGCUUGUUCCAAGGAUGAGUCGUUCAAUUUCGAUGAGGACAUUGAGACUGGCGCGGAGAUAGAGAACAAUAAUAAUAGCGAUCGGGCAGACAGGACAGGCGAGACCGGACCGACCCUGCGUUCUAAAACUAAAGCUAAAACUAUAGAAGGCGAAGAUGUUAAGACGAAAGACGAGGAUGUUAAAAUCGCUGAAGACGCGCGAAUAACGGCCGGUAACAGGUGUGGGGAAGAAGAUUCAAAGAAACUCAAUAAUUUCGAGCAAAUAAAGAAAGACAACGUUUUAGCCAAGUUCACAGAAAAGUCUAAAGGUCGUAGAAGUAGUUUAAAUAUAGAUAUGAAAAAAACAGUCAAUUCUUUUUACAGCACAGAUAAAUCAGAUGGUAGCUCAAAAUCGCAUAUAGAUCAAAUGAUUGAAGACAUCAAGUUAAAUAUUGUAAAGUCUAUUGAAAACAAGAUUUUUGGUCCGGAAAAGGGUCUUGGAUUAAGUAAAAACUUUGACGUGCCUAAGAUUGAAGAAGUUGUCGCACCACUCAGUACAGAGUCUCAAAAAAUGGGACUAGAAGACAAUACCGACGAGGAUAAGUCCACCGUUACGAAAAAUGAAAUCACGUCAGAUAGUUCAGAAAAUUCCGUACCAAAAGUGGCCGAUACUGCCAAAGAGAUCGAAGAGAAACUAGUCAAGUUUGAUAUUGGGGAAGCAGAGACACAUUCGCAGAAUGUCCAAGAGAACAAGUCCUCCGAUAAUGACGGAAUUAAUGACGUACAUAGUACUUGCGAAUCUACAUGUAAUUUAAAUAAUAGUAAUGCUGCGCAACAAUCUUACGAGAAUGUGAAUGAACAGCAAGAGGAGAAUGUUAGUUGCAGUACAGCUAGCGGCGCCUUAAUCUGCGUCAGUAGCAACGAGUCAAAGACAUUGGAGGAAAAUAAGAAGAUUACGAGAAAGUCUUCGAGAAUCAAUGAUAAAAGUUCGGACAGUGUCAGCAGUAGCGAAACGAGAAAAUCGAAUAAGACACCAAGUAAAACAGUCCCAAGAUCGGAUAACACGGAGGACAUUGUAGCAGAUAUGCAAAAAUCUACGAGCGAAGAAACAAUUUCAGAGGAUCAGCUUUCGGUUGAAAAUGCUUUGGUUGAAAAUGCUGUACCAGUAUGUGCAUCGAUGUCUCCUGACCAAGCAGAGAAGAGACUUACAGAAGGAACGGAAGAGAGAUCAGAAACUGAAAUCUCCCUAACCGUUAUGCAUAAUUCAGAAGAGUCAGAAACAUUGGAAAGUAUAUCUCGCGAGGUAGAAAGAUUAGUAGCGGGAGACCAAUCUGCCGAUUCAUUAGCAAAUACUGUAAAUACUGCAGACACUGUAGAAAGUAAAGAUGCGAUUUCUGAUACAAAGAUAUUGGAUAAGGAGCAGGAGAACCAAAAUAUAAAUAAUCAGGAAGCAUCUGCUUGCUGCAAUGACAGCUCUGAGCCAUUAGGAUCAGCUGUCAGCAAAGAAACAAACGAAACAUCGAGCAAAAGUUAUGUAGGCGGGAUGUCUACUGAAAUGUUACGAGAGAUUGAUGCGUCUUCUUGUAAGGCGGCGGAAAGCGCAAGACGUUCAAAAGUAAGCAACAACUUACUACAAUCAACUACUGUAAACUGUGAUGCAAAUAAUGCACGUAGCCCUGUAAAUUCUUCGUUUAUACAUUGCACCUCUGACCGACUGAACGUUGAAAUCAAGGAGCUCGAUCACGACGGUAAUUGUAAAGAACAAAUAAACAAGUCUAGCGUUAUAUCAAAUGCGGAUGAGAAUAUUUCGGAACAGAAGCCAGGCCACCAACACGAUGAAGCUUUAAUGUCGGAUCAAAGUAAUAGAUCCUCAGACAGUAAAGGUCCCGAUGAACGGAAACUUCUUAACGAGAAAAACAGGAGAGUGUUACGAACUCGUGACAAGCAGAAGCGAGUCGAAAACAGGCAAAUCGCAUCUCGCGGCCGAGAACACGCGACGGCUGACAACAUAAAAGUCAAAACGGAAGAAGCCGGCGCGAUUCAAAAAAUGCAAAUUUCCGGUGUACAUAACGAUAACACCGACGAGAUAGCGCAGGGCUCGGAGCAGGAUGAUGCCGAAAAUUCUCACAAGACGGAAGAUGGAAAUAAUUUGUUAAACAGCAACGAAUUGGAUGUUGGCGAAUUGGAUGUUGAGCCCCAAGCUCGUAGCCGUCGCGGUAGAGAGAUGAAAAAACGCAAAGAGGAAUUGUCACAAUUGUCCAAGACCAAACGUAUCAAGCGAGAUCUACGAAGGUCCGAUCAACAAAACAAAGAAGAAACCUUACUGGACAACGAGGUUGCCAAAAUCAACGAGAACAACAGGUCAUUCUUGAGCAAAUACGGCAGCGCCAGCGCUGAGCGCGCAGAUGAUUUUCGUGGAUUCUUUGAGCAAGGCAGACAAGAUGGAUUGGACAAGGUCGACAAAGAUCAUAAUUUGCGCAGCAAAUCGGAAAACGAUAUAAUAACGAUCGUCGGCGCAAAGGCCGGCAAGAGCGAGGAACGACAACUCUCGCGAAAUCUAUCUGAGAAUCACGUGUCGCAACAGACAGCUGAUAAUAUAGAUAUGCUAGAGAAUGAACGAAAGAUUCUCAAGACACCAGAGAUACUCGCGCACAAGGAUUCCGACGAGACUUCCACGUCCGGCGACUCAUUCAACAGCGGCACGCCCAAGAUUCUGGAAACACCUGAAGACAAGGAGAGGAAAGAAUCGAUAUUGCGAUUAUUGGGACUCGAGUCUCUGGAGGAGGCUGCCAAAAGACAAAAUCAACAAAAGACGAAGAAGGAACAAUCGUCGUCGUCGUCGUCUACAGGUACUUUGAAAACGAUCAUCAGAGUGUCGCAAAAGGACAAGGACAAGAGAGGAUCGCGAUCUCCGUUGAAAAUGGUUCUCAAGCAGCAGGGACGUGGGGACGGAGAGAGUGAUUCACCCGAAUUCUACACCAUUCAAAAGGAGUUUGGAACCAGUGGUUUGGGAGAUAGCAGCUCUGGUGCGAACCGAAAGUUCACUACUAACCACAGACAUUCUUGCGAUGACGAUAAUGAGGAGGCUACGCCUAAGGAUCGUCAGUCACUUGUUAUUCCAGAGAAAUCAUCUUCUUUCUCUAUACAUCCUGGACGCGUGUGUGCCGACGUAUGUUGUUAUUGCUUUGGGAAGUUUGGUUCUUUGGACACGCCAAUGCAUCUGGCCCAAAUAAAAUCUGAUGAAAGACGCAAAAAGAUUUUGAAUAUAGAGAGACAUCUCACGAAAGACUCGUGCCUGUGCGACGCAUGCUAUCGUCAUGUCGACAGAAAGGCAAAUACUAGCCCGGCAAAUAUGCAGCAGAAGCCGCAGAAACAACACAGACAAUUGAUGAUGUCAAAAUGCUCAGCUCGCGAAUGUCGGGACCCCGCGCGACAUCAUGUUAAACGCCGUUGGUUGCUCAAGAUAAGAACUGGCCUUCAAAAUCAGGUCGACAUAGACUGGGACUCGAGUCAACACACCACAAUGUCGUUCUGUGUUAAUCAUUAUGAGAAGAUCGGACGCUUCUUGACGUGCGCGCUCUGCAAGCGCCGACUCGUUCGACAACACACUCACCAGCUAAGUAACGCGGAGAUCAACGAAUUGGAUCACCUGCUCAGUCAACAAGGAAUCCCCGUUUUAUUAGCAGUCGGCACGUUCGUGUGCAAGCUAUGUCGUUACUUCGCACAGCUGCAACUCAAGUACAGGGAAAUCGAGAAUAUGAGCAUGAAUCACAGGUCCUACUGCAAGAGUUAUCGAAAGCGGAUCCUGCAUAAUCUCGGAAUCGACGUAGCCGAGGACGAGGAUGACGAUUCAUCGCAACAGAUGAAUCAAGCGAAUCAGACCAAGGACAAGAAAAGCAAGAAGAGCAUCAAGAAUUUGCAGCCUAAAUAUGGGAGCUCCAAGUCUCCAGAGCGCACGACGAGCGGUACGUCGGACAAGUCGACACCGGAACCGAAUAAGAAUGAGAAUACGGUGGAAUGCAACUCCGCGAUAGACAACGAUAAUCGCGCCUCCAAAUCGGGCAACGACGAGAAUAGCGGUAUGGAUGUUCAAUAUUUCGAGAGCACCGUGGAGAACCUAAAAAAGCGGAAAAUGCUCGAUUUGCAUUCCUACACGUCAGGCGCGUCAAUCUCUUCUCUGUGUGGUGACGGUACAUUGGUGAAUGGGAUGACGCUCGGGAUGGAUGAGGUUACUUUGACGCGAUUGCCAAAGAGAUCGAGGCUCAAUAACAACAAUAACAACAGCAGCAGCAGCAGCAGCAACAACAACAACAACAACAACAACAACAACAACAACAAUGACAUAACGCCUGUGGUGCAGAGACUCGGUGCAAAUCCCUCCAUAAGCGUACGAACGCUCUUUCCGGGCGAGGAGGAAAUGAAUCUUCAUGUAAACAUCGAGUUUCAGAAUGUGCGCGAAGUCACGCCACAAGGAUGGGAGAAAUGCGCAACGAUGAUCCAGUACGAUCGCGAGACCAAACAUCUUUGGCAGCAGUUACAGCGACCGUACGGUAAUCAGAGCUCCUUUUUGCGACAUUUAAUCCUUCUGGAGAAAUAUUAUAGAGCUGGCGAUCUGAUAUUGGCGCCAAACGCUUCACGGAAUGCGAUCAAUUAUUCUACAUCGGUGCAAAACAGACUGAUAUCGUACGAAGGUCCGGAGAAAAUGGAUGAGCCUAUAAUGGAACCGAUCGCGACGGAAUACAGUAAUCCGCGCCGUUUGAGCGGCGGUUACGUUUUGGAGAAAGACCGACUGUCCGUGCCCAGCACGAGUUUGAUGUCAAGACCAUUGACUAGCGGCGUCGGUGGAACCGCAACGGCCAAAGUGAACUCGUCGCGGAUGCUGAAACUCAACUCGGGAGUGUCAAUCAUAAAAAAAUCUCCUCCAAACUUGCAACGAUUGAGUCUACCAUCUACUAGCAGCGGUGGCAAUAGCAACGGCAACGGCAACGGCAGUGGCAGUGGCAGUGGCAGUGGCAAUAGCAAUAGCGGUAACAAUAGCAGCGGCAGUAACGUCGCUGCCGUGACGACGAACGGUGGCAGUCACAACAUCAAACGGAGGGACGGCCAGGGUUUGUCCUCCGUUUACGGCAGCGGCGGCAAGCUGUUUCAAUUGUGCGAGUCGGAUAUGAAGCGAAUGCAAACGUUAAAACGGCAGAAAUUUAAUGACAGACCUGCCGGCACGAACAAUGGAUCGCCGAAUAGCGGAAGCUUCAGAUCGCAAUACCAGAAGACGCAGAUUGCCGUUCCCGGUCAUAACCAGCAAUUUCAAAGACACUUGCGAAUGCAGCAAGAGAUGUUGAAUCGUCAAAGCCGCGGUGACUUUGAGCCAUUGAUAUGCGACAUUACACGUUCCGCUACCUGCGCGAAUGAAAACAGUCCGACAACCAGUCAGAAUAUCCUUCACAACCUCAAUCUGCCGAAAUCGAUCCAGGUGACAACCAAACCAACGUCGUCAACGAGCAAUCCGAUUCCGAUUUUGCCGAAAAUCCCGAAAUCUUUGACGGUAAUACCGCAAACCGUCACGAGAUCCGUUGAAAAAUAAGAAUGAUACAGACAUCUAAUAUGAAUUACGUGUUAAAAUAACACGUCAUCCAAGAUACAAUUUAGCCCAUCUAUUUG